AUGAGUGUCCAUCUUUUAAGUUCUGAUAACGAAGAGUUCAAGGUCGAUAAGGAUGUUGCUGAGCGUUCCAUCUUGAUCAAGAACAUGUUGGAAGAUAUUGGAGACUCUGAUGCUCCCAUUCCUCUCCCCAAUGUAACAUCCAAGGUGUUGGGAAAGGUCAUUGAAUGGUGUACUCAUCAUCGCGAAGACCCUGUCACUCAAGAUGACCAAGAAAGACGCAACACUGAUAUUGAAGAAUGGGACCAAAAGUACAUGGAAGUUGACCAAGAGACCUUAUUCGAUAUCAUUUUGGCUGCUAAUUACCUCGAUAUCAAGCCUCUCCUUGAUGUUGGAUGUAAGAGUGUUGCCAAUAUGAUCAAGGGUAAGAGUGCCGAGGAGAUUCGCCGCACCUUCAACAUCACCAACGACUUCACUCCUGAGGAGGAAGCUCAAAUCAAGAAGGAGAACGAAUGGGCAGAGGAUCGUUAA